AUGUUCGCGGUCCCUGGUUGGUCGAUAUCGACCUCCGAUUUGAAGCCACAAAAGGAUCUCUCAUCAAACAAGACCGAAUCAUCCAAUGGCAAAGCGUCUAAUGCCGCAAAGCCAAUUGCGACCGGAGCCAACCAAAUUGGACAAGGAGCUGGAAAUGAGAGUGCCAAGAAGAGAAAGAGAGAUAAUGGCGUGACCAAGUCGAAUGUCGAUGAGAUGUUCAAGCGUCACAUCGAGGGUCAGACCGAUAAGAGCGGCAAGAAGAAUAAGAACAAGACCAAGAAGAACAAGGAGAAGAAAGAGAACAGACAACCCGAAACAGAUGAGGCAGUUCAGGAGAAGCCAGCUGAAGCCAGGGAGGGUAGAGCGAACAAGAAGCAGAAGAAGGCUCGCGACGAGGAAAAGAGGGCAAAUGGGGACGCUUCGGCCACCGUCGAUGACAUUCAAACCGCUACGACCACCUCAGUAUCAUUACCACCACCGAUGCCCCCAUCCACAGUAAAACUCACCCCCCUCCAACAAAAGAUGCGCGACAAGCUCAUAUCCUCUCGCUUCCGUCACCUCAACGAGACUCUCUACACCACUCCCUCCAAGCAAGCCCAGGCCAUGUUCGAAGCCAACCCAGAGCUAUUCACAGAAUACCAUAACGGUUUCUCACGACAAGUCAAGGAAUCAUGGCCCUCAAACCCCGUGGAUGGGUAUAUCGCUGCUGUCAGAAAACGUGGCGUUGUACCUGCCCACCACGACAAGAGGAAACAUAACAACUCGAACAAUGCGGUUGCACCUCUACCACGCCGACCAAACGGUUUCUGCACCAUAGCCGACUUGGGCUGCGGCGACGCCCAAUUCGCACGUUCCCUGACCGCAUCAGCAAAGAAACUCCAACUCAAACUUACCAGCUACGACCUUCAAUCUCCCGACGAGGCACUCGUCACAAAGGCGGAUAUUGCGAACUUGCCCGUUACCGACGGUAGUGUCGACGUCACGAUCUUCUGUCUCAGUCUGAUGGGUACCAACUGGGUAUCGUUCAUCGAGGAAGCGUGGCGCGUCCUGCGUGGUGAUGGCAAAGGUGAAUGCUGGGUUAGUGAAGUCAAGAGUCGAUUUGGAAAAGUCAAUCGGAAAAAGGCCCAGAUCGGGCUCAAGCGUGACGACGCAGCGGGAAUGUCGAAUACGCAAAAGAAGAAGUUGAAAAACAAAAAGAAGAAGAAGAAGAACGGCAACAAUGAUUCCGACGACGAGGACGACAAUGACCAUGAAGAAAUCUACGCCGAAGACGCCCAGCCAGCUUCUUCUGGUGGUGGAAACGACGACACUGACAUCUCCGCGUUCGUGGAGGUAUUCAAAUCACGCGGCUUUGUGCUCAAGCAGGAAUCCGUCGACAAGUCCAAUAAAAUGUUUGUCAAGAUGGAAUUCAUCAAGGCUGGUGGUGCACCUACGAAGGGAAAGUAUGCGGGGAUUACGCCGGCGCCUGCUGGAAGGCCCGAGAAGAAGGCUGCUGCUGCGCCGGUGCAGACUAAGAAGAGGUUUAUUGAUCGGGAUCGUGGGGAUGAUGAGAAUAAAGGAAUGACCGCCGAGCAAGAAGCAAAGGUCUUGAAGCCAUGUGUAUAUAAAAUUCGGUAG